ACUCAUGGUUGCGCGUAGGGACGGCGGUUAGCAAUGACUUCGAAUCCUACUUUCCUUUCACUGAAAUGAAUUUCCUUUGUAUGUUCUUAACUUUAACGAAGCAAACAACGCGGGCGUUCAGUCUACUCGCGUUGAAGAUGAAGAGAAAUUAAUUAAACAAACAAACAAACAAACAAACAAAAAAACAACAAACAAAAAAACAUGGCCUCCCACCCACAGGAGUCUUGACUAAGAGUUAGCCCACCUCUGCCACGGAAAGGAAAUGUCGCAAAGGACAUACAACGAACUGUGGGCCGAGGCCCAGGUAGAGUUGAGUCGUCUGCUCGUCGAGGAGCUUCCCGCCCAACCUGUUAAGCCAGAAAAGGACCGAGCGGUGUUCUUCCAGAGACUGGCCAUGCUGUACGUGCGCUAUCUGCAGAUCCUCAGACAACUAGAGAAGGUCUACGACCAGGUGGUGCACCCGCAGAAGAGACGGCUUAUUCUGAACACCCUUGAGGGAGUGAUGGGCCGAGUCUUAGAGCUGAAGAAUGAAAUGGUGGAAAAAGAGUUCUCUGAGUACCAUUACAUGGAUGAUGUCCUACAUGACCUGAAGCUCACACCUGCCGACCUCGAGGUUCCGAUCCCUCAGUAUUUUUUGAGUGAACGCAGCAAAGGCAUCCGAGAGCGAACGGCAAUGCUCACAAAUAUCCUUCAAACGAUGGAGACCACUGUAACGGAAAAACGUGUGACAAAGAACAUGAGUCAAGACGAGGCCAUCAGAAUCAUUCAAGUGGCAGAGAGAGCGCGCCAAGGCCGUCUGAGGGCAGCCUUGAAUGAAGCCAGCAGAAGGUUGAGCAAGAUACCCGUGACCGAGGCCCCGAAGCCCGCUGACAUGGACCGAGCCGCAGUCCGCAUUCAGAAGGUGCUUUGUCGUCAAGAGAUCCCCCUCAAACUUGGUGCUGAAAAGACUGCUGAUUUUAAUUUGCAGGUUUGGAGGGGCUAUGUCGAGAGGAAGAAGGCAAAGGCUGCUCGAAUUGAGGAUAUGAUUUUCCUGGGAAUGGCCCCGCAUCCAAAAUACCAGGCGCCGUGCGAGGCCAUAGUCACUGCCCACGCAAAUGAAAGAGCCAUACGUAACAAGCAGAAGGAACAUGAGGACGACUACCAAAAGUCCGUGACGGCAAUCGCAAACCACCUGCUAGAGGUGGAGGGUCACGACUUAGGCAACAACAUGAAAGAACAAAUCAGGCAGUGGUUUAUUGAAUGCCGCAAUCUAACGGGGGUUUUCCCAGACUUUCCGGACGACGAUGAGGGAGGCUCGGCCAUCCUUUUUGCUGAAAAGGAUUAUCUGCAGUUACUGGAAGAAAUGGCUGAAAACGAAGACGAUGGCAAAAAUAAAAAAGGAAAGCCAGAGGAGAAAAAAGAUGCUAAAAAGUCAAAGGGGAAGGAUGCGGAAGAAGAGGAGGGCUUAGUGAUGCUACCUUCGGCUUUUUUGGCAGACUUGGAAAUGUACAACAAAACCUUUGUUGAUUUCUGGGAAACCCGCACUGAGUCUCGGAAUUUCAACCAGCGGCACGAGGUGGAGCUGAUCAAGGAGGAGAAGAGGGUGGACAUUGAGUCAGAGAUUCGAGUGAAGGUGGAUGAGCAAAUGAGACAGGAACUGGCGGACUGGAGACUUGCUGUGGAAAAAACCCCAGCCAAAGUUUAUGCGAAGAAAAAAGCAGGCAAGGGUGAUAAGAAGAAGAAAAAGGGGGAGAAAGAUUUGACAGCUGAUAGGACUCUUGAGUCUCUGUGUCAGGAGAUGGUGGAGGAGGGUUUGUUGAAGCAGGCAAACACUGUGCGGAUGCAGGACUACCUGGGUGACUUCAACUAUCUCGGAACCACACUGAGACAGAAUGACAUUGAACCCAUGCCAUCAAUGGCAGAUGUGCGGCAAAUCAUAUCUCUGUAUGGAAUUCUACCUUUAGGCUCUCAUGCGGUCCAUGAGAAGGCCCCCCUUACCAAGGCCAUUCUACUAGCAGGGCCGGCGGGGGUUGGUAAAAAGAUGUUGGUCCAUGCAAUCUGCCAGGAGACUGGUGCCACCCUAUUUGACCUGUCUCCUCUCAAUAUUGCUGGAAAGUAUCCAGGCAAGAGUGGCCUCACUAUGAUGCUCCAUUUGGUCUUUAAGGUCGCAAGACUGAUGCAGCCUUCAGUGAUAUGGGUCGAUGGCGCAGAGAAAAUGUUCUACAAGAAAGUUCCCAAGGAAGAAAGAGCAUUAGAACCUAAACGCUUGAAGAAAGAUUUGCCAAAAUCACUCAAGCUGAUCAAAGAGGAGGAUCGUGUUCUCAUAAUAGGAACAAGUAAAGAUCCCAUUAGUGCGGAUGUCAAGUCGCUGUGUAAGAUGUACACAAAAGUCAUCCUCAUCCCAAGACCCGACUAUGGAUCCAGAUAUGUUUUGUGGAAGCAACUGAUCCAAAAACAUGGCGGUGAGAUAACUGCAGCCUUGGACCUCAGCUCCCUGUCAAAGAUUUCAGAUGGCUACACCGCAGGUCACAUGAUCCAGGCAAUUCAGCAAGUUAUUACCAAGCGACGAAUCCUGCUGCAAGAAAAGAGGCCUUUGACUGCUGUUGAGUUUGUGGCCCCAUUAGCCAAGUUCAGCCCCGUGUUUCAGGACGAAGAAGAGGCCUUAAAAAAAUGGUAUGCAAAGACUCCCUUGGGGAAGAAGCGGAGUAAGGCUGCUGCAGAAAGGGAAGAGGCACAGCAGGCUCAAGCUAAAGGAAAAGGUGCACCAAAGAAAGGAAAGAAAUAGUGUGCAUUGUAAAGAAAAUGCAAAUUUUAUAUGUAAUUUAGGUAUCAUUUUACAUAAACUAAAUGAAGAAAUAAACAUUGUUCUUAU